AGUCUAGUAGAGAGAGACAAAUUUUUCUUUCACUUCUCAUAAAUCGCAGUGUUUCCAAACAAACGCCAGAAAUCACAGAGAGAGAAGGAAUCGUGCUGACUGCUGUCCUGAACUGCUGUCUGUCAAGAAUCUUUACAGAAUGAAGAACACAUCCUGUACUUCUGUCAGCUUUGACUUCACAGGCAGAUUCCUGCCUCCUGUUUUCAUCUUAGUAUUCAUCAUUGGUCUGGUUGCUAAUGGAUGGGGAUUGAAGACUUUGCUGCAGAAAUGGAAGAAACUAAAGAUCAUCAAUGUGUUUGUUCUCAACCUUGGACUUGCAGAUAUGUUGUAUCUGCUCACACUGCCAUUUUUGGUGGAUUACUACAUCAGGAAUAGACAGUGGAUCUUUGGAGAUGCAUUCUGCAAGAUAACAAGAUUCUGCUUCAACCUGAAUUUAUACGGCAGCAUUGGAUUCCUCACUUGUAUAAGUGUAUUCAGGUACCUGGCUGUUGUUCAUCCAAUAAGAGUGAUGGGAAGAUUAACUGUCACCCAUUCUGUGACUAUCUCAGUCAUGGUUUGGCUGUUAGUGGGUGUUCAGAGUCUUCCAGACAUGUUCUACACCAAAACAUCUGGGAACAAGUCUGGGACAUGCUACGAGACCACCUCUACAGAACAUGUGGAGGAUUACCUGAAAUACAGCCUUGGAUGGACACUGAUGGGGUUUUGUAUCCCAUUCCUUGUCACACUGGGCUGCUAUGGACAUGUGAUUGUUGUUCUCUGCCGCAAAAAUACAACUGACAAGGUACUGACACAGAAAUGCCUGAAGUUGUUGUUUAUUUUGAUCCUUCUCUUCUCUGUUUGUUACAUCCCAUUUCAUGUGUUAAAGAACCUAAAUCUCCGGUCAAGGGUUCUGAGCAAACAGAAGCUUUCCAGUGAAUGGUCUAAUGGAGUUUACAUCGCUCAUCAGAUAAGUCGUGGCCUUGUGUGUCUGAACAGUGCUUUCAACCCUCUGGUUUAUCUCCAUGGGAAUGAGGAAGUUCCUGCUCAGCUCAGACAGCAGCUCCAGCGAGCUCAUCAGAUGUUCAGUCGUUUGCUUCCGUCAAACUCCGGCUCUGUGCCUUUGGCACAAACUGCAGAUGAAGUUCAGCACAUGUAAGCAUGUCAGUAAUUCUGUGAAAAUAAUUCUAUAAACAUCUGUUCUUUGUUGCAGUGCAAAUUGUAGAUGAAGUUAAAUAACAAUGGUUGAUAACUGAAAGCUCAAAUGGCUGCUCUCAGCUUCAUGAGACUGGUUAGUAUCUGUUUCAACUUUACAAAUAUUGUAUUUUGCCUCAAAAAAUGAAUUCAUUUUAUUUUUGAACUUUGUGUUUCUCAUAAUUCCUUUAGAAUAAGCAAAAAAAAAGUCAGACAUAAACAGCAAAAUCAAAUAUAUCACGAGUCUUGAUGUCUGGGGAGAUAAUGUUCACAUUGUGUUGUUGGAGGUGGGAAAGCACAGUGUCUCACACACUCUGUAUAGGUACAGAACAGGAAGUACACCGUGUCCAACAAAUACACUCUAAACAAGAUAUUUGUUUUAUUUUUCCUUUAUCACAGCUGUUGUCUGAAAUCCC